ACAACUAGCAAGAUGAAUUGUUGCUUACUCAAAGUGUUGCUGCUGCUAACUUCUUCUGCUACAAUUUUGGCUUGUCCACAACACCACCAUGGACACCAUUAUGAACCUGCCAGAUCCAAUACAUUAGAAGACACCAAUGUGUUCAAAGAGGACAAUCAUCUACCCGAACCAGAAGAAAAUCCUAAAAUUCAUGUUCACAAGAAAGUAACAGGGGAUGUCGAGGAGAAAAAAAUUAUAUUACAGAUAGAUGAUGAAUCAGUCCCAGAAACCGUUCAACCACAAGCACCUUUGAACUCUUCAGUAGUCAAUGAAAAUCAUACUAAUUCUGAAAAUACAACAAAAUACAUCGAAUGUGUUUGCGCUCUAUUCUCCCUAAGACACCCGAUUGAGACCGAUGUACCACUCAUGUCGAAAACUUUCCACAAUGUGUCUUGCGACGGCCAUGUUUCUGGAAGUGAUGUUUGCAGUAAAGUUUGCGUUACCUUCGCCACAUCGCACCACAAAGAGAAGGAUAAUAUCAUUUGCUCCCAGCUUCACAAUGCCACGAGCUUAACAGCAUACUUACAUUCAAAGCACUGCGAGGAAAAUGGCAUGUGGACCUUCACUGGACUAGAAACUCAAGAGCCAUUAUGUUGUAAGAACAGAGAGCCUAUUGGUUGCGAAGAAGUGGCAUCAACCACGAUAAUCGAUUACUGACAAAAGAGAAAAAGUUAAAGCUUGUAGACUGGCACAAAAUUAAAACUAGACGUCGCUAUAAAAUUUUCAGUUUUAAAUUCCGGCGAAUGUUUACUUUUAAUUAUAUCCCGUCUAGAAGCAGCAGCUACUUUACUUUUAUUGUUUUUCUGUAAGUCGUUUAAAA